AUGUAUGCCAGGGGACCCCCUGGCCCACUGCCUCCAGCCCUGCCUCUCACCUCCUCUGCUCUGAUGCUGCUGAUGACUGGCUUGUGGCUGGCGGGGGCCGGCCCCAGCCUCACCCUGGCCCCGGAGCUGCUGCUGGAACCCUGGCAGGCACACCGGCUGCUGGCCCACGCCCUGGGCCACACCGCCUUGCCAGGCCUGCUCCUGAGCCUGCUGCUCCUGGCCGUUUUGGGCUGGCAGCAGGAGCGCCACCUGGGCACUCUGCGGUUCCUGCACGCCUCGGCCCUGCUGGCCCUGGCCACCGGGCUGCUGGCCGUGCUGCUGGCGAACCUCGGGGUGCCCAGCGUGGCCAGUGGCUGCGGGUACAUGCCCGUCCACCUGGCCAUGCUGGCGCGGCAGGGGCACCGCCCAGGACGGCUCCGGGGUGCAGUGCCACCGUGGCUGCUGCCGUGGUUGCUACUGAGCCUGACCCCGCUGCUCAGCCCUGAGCCACCCUUCCUGCAGCUCCUCUGUGGCCUUCUCUCUGGCCUGGCCUACGCAGCAGGGGCUUUCCAGUGGCUGGAACUGUCGGAGCUGCGGCUGCAGACACUGCAGGAGGGCGUGGUGUGCAGAACCCUGGCCAGGUGCUGGCCCCUGAGGCUCUUUCCCACCCCAGGCAGCCCGGCUGAGUUGCCUGUCACCCAUCCUCCCGGAGUGAGGCCUCCUGAGCCUGGACCGCCUCUCGUGGCCUCCCCUAGCCGCUGGCCCCGCAGUGAAGCCCCAGCCCUGUUCCCGCCAGGCCUGGGGGCUGUGCAGCACACCUGGGAGGGCUCCUCAGAUGCAGGCCUGGCCUGGGCUGGGCCCAGCUUCCCCCCGGAGACCCCACUGUGGGCAGCCCUGGAUGAACAGAUGCUGCAGGAGGGACUCCAGGCCUCACUCCUGGAGGGGCCAGGCCAGGGGCCCGAGAGCCCACUGUGGCUGUCCAAGUCUUCUGUCUCCUCUCUGCGGUUGCAGCAGCUGGAACGCAUGGGUUUCCCGACAGAACAGGCGGUGGUGGCGCUGGCAGCCACAGGCCGUGUGGAGGGCGCCGUGUCACUGCUGGUCGGUGGGCAGGUGGGGGCUGAGGCCCUGGUCACAGAGGGGAAGGGCCGGCCUGCCCACCCCGAGGGCCCCGGCCCCCCUAGCCCAGUCAGAGGGCAGGGCACAGGUGGGCCCUCGGGUGACCAGAGGCCUGAUCCUCUGUACUGA